UUUGGCCUGGAAGAUCUUUUUCUCAGCGACUGGUCUUGAGCUUUCACGAAGCAACUGAAUAAGCUCAGCGGGACGUUGAAAAAGCCAACCUGCCCUGACUGACUGCGUGUAUAACAUAAAGGUGUCAACCAAGCAAAGCAUCCAACAUACUGCCCCACUCACGACAGAACAACAGGCCAACACCCCCUUCAGUGGCACCCCCUAAUCGAUCGUUGUGCAGGACAUCAUCGCUAAGGAUACUUAACGCCAGUCAGCUGCUCCAUCUGCGCCCAAAAGGCCGCGCGCACCGACCCGUCCCCACUGAACAGGCGCAUGCAUGCACGCACACACGGCAUCGUACGCAGCCGUCAAGCUGCUCACAUACAUCUGUGUACAAAUGUGGGUCGGGUGAAAGGCUUACGCAGGCCCUGAAGGCGUGCUAAGGCGUCGACUCACGAAAUAGUUGCCCGUCUCCUUGACGACCUGAGUCGAUUCAACCAACCAACCAACCAGACUUGGCGGGCGACGAGCACUGAGUUUACGGAUUCAUCAAUCGCCGCGGGCGGGUCUAUAUAUAGGAUGCUUACGUGGGGGUCGUUGCUGGUUGCCAGCCAGAAGGUGUUGUCGGCCACAGACACGUCGAUGCCUACACGCACACGCCAGUCAACAUACGGCACAGAAAGAGCUGUUGGUUGCUGCUAUCUUUGCUUACCACAAGGGCCCCAUCCAGCCAGCAACAUUUUGGUGUUCUGGAAGCAGGCAAUAAAUCCACACAUGCGUCAAUGCGGGGAGGCCUGUACGCACACUGUCAUACGCCUCACCACAGUGCCGGGGUCCUGUGUGUGGCACACGAUGCCUCUUGACUUGAGGCGGUCGGCUAUCUCCACCGUCAGCAGCACGUCACACAGCUUCGACAACGAAUAGGCGGCGUGGUCUGAGUAACCUAACCCACACACGCAUACAUACAGGGGUACAUGCAUCAAGGCUCCAGGGUGGGUGGGUGGUGGGUGUGCCUGACUGCCUGCCCGCCUGCAUGUCUGCCGACUGACCUGUGUUGAGUUGGAGGUUAUUGAGGUCGAUUCUGCUGCCCUGCGAUAUUGAUGAUGUGAUGAUGAUGCGGCCGGUGUUAUCGGGGAUGCAGUCGAGCAGAUGGCGUGUCAACACGUACGGGGCAGCCACGUUCACUGCAAAGGUCUGUCUGGUACAUUCAUCUAUCCAUCCCCGCUCAUGUUCACGAAUGCAUUCACGAGUGCCGUGCUGCUGUGCUGUGAGUGAGUGUACCAAUUCCAUUGCGUCAGGCGUUUCUUGCCUCCUUUCCUCGAACACCCCGGCAUCUACACAGACGCAUAAACAGGCGACAGGCGAACACCCAAGGGAAAGGUGGUCUGCGCUGCCCGCCCGACUCACUGUUGAUGAGCACGUCUAUGCGUGGAUGAUGCUUCUUGAUCUCACUCGCAAGUGCCUCCACGUUACGCAUCACAGACAGAUCUGACACCACGCACACAGCACACAGACAAGGCAGGUGUGUCAGCUGCACACGAGUUGCACGGAGCACCCACCAGCGAGAUAGGCGAAGAUGUUGAUGUUCUUGGUGGCCCUCACGAGCUCGGCCUUGGCAGCCUCCAGACGCUCGGGGCUUCUGCCUAUCAGCCAAGCACACACCGACACCAAUCACCAACACGGUUAAUGUAAGAAGGGCAUUACCAUGUAUGAUGACCGUAUUGUCUUUGUUUGCGGCGGCCAGCCUGUGUGCUGUGUGUCUGCCGAUGCCGUCGGUGCUUCCUGUGAUGAGGUAGAUCUUGCCUUGCUCCGCAUUUGCUGCUGCAGCACUCAUGGUCAGCGGCGAUGAGUAGAGGCGGAAGGCACUCACUGGAAGGCGAUGCGAUGAAAGCGAUGCGACAGAUAAUAGGCGCAACACCAGAUGCAUCAGAAUUCUUUUGAGAUGGAAUUUUGAGCUCGCAGAUUCCUGGCCACGAUGCACUCCCAAGUGCCUUUGUGUCUUGUUGUGUCUGUCUGGAUGCAUGGCUGUUGCAGGCAUGAAUGCGCAGCGCCCAACGUAAAACACCGCUGGGCUCUGCACUGCUCAGACCAAUCAGAGGCAUGCCUGUCCGUCUAUCUGUCUCAUCUAUCUAUCUCUCUCCUUCCCUCCCUCCCCCUCGCCAUGCAGCCGCCUGUCUGCCUCGCUGCCUCGGUGUCCGUGUCUGUGCGUGCAUCUGUCCAGUGACACACGAACACAGACAGACCGCAUGAGUCAGAAUAAAGAAAAAAAUGCAGACAGGCACAUCGCAUCGCUGUGUGGACAUGUGGGUGACGGUGACGUAGCUGUCCUUUCUGCCGCCAUGCAUCCAUCCAUCCAUCC